AUGCAUGUACGGCAUGGACUGAAGUUCACAGAGGGCGCUCUCUACAACUUCUCGGAAUAUGUUCAACCCUUGAAUCUCCUGGCCAUGGGAAGCCAAGACUUGCCUAUUCUUUACAAAGAGGUGGCCGAAGGUAACGCUACCUUCAAAUAUCCACCCCAGAGAUUUGCAAAACGGAGGCUUUUCCUUUCGACGGAGGACCCUGCAGUUGUGGAGGAGGGCUUGGAGCUUUGUAAAGCAUCGCCGCCCUGGCAAGUGCUUUAUACCAAAGCGGCGAGGCACAACGAGGAUCCUUGGGUAAAGCGGGAAAGCACUCAUCAAGCCCGGCGCAUGGAG